GACGGUUGAGACACCGCAUCGGCAUGAAUUUGAAUUGCAAUGGCGCCCCAGGUCGCCCAGGUCUCGCCACGCCACGCGAGACCUGGGCGACGUAAUAAAGCGGCGUUGCAACGUGACGUGAUUCAGGUGAUACCGCAAUGGCGUUGAAACGAGCACGAGGAGACCUGGAAGACUUGAAGCCAAACAAGAAGACCAGACAACCAUCUCUUUUACGAUUCUGGUCCAAUCCAACAAAAGGUGGACCUGGCACAACAACAGAAAAGGACCACAACGUUGACCUGUUUGAAUGUGCAGAUAUUGACGACACACAGAUGAAAGAUGAACAACAAGGACCGUGUUGGGAUGUAAAGACAACUGAAGAGCCGGCACUCAACCACGCGGAUUUGCCCCAAAGAACUUACGACAUAGAUAUAUCAAAGGCCAAGGACCGGAUUGCUGAAAUGGACGACUCUGAAAAAUUCCAACUUCUUCAGACCAGAAGACCACCCAAAUCUUUCACUUUCCCUGCCAGACACUUUAAAGAUAACCAAAGAGCCAGUGGGGUGACCAAAAGGACAUGCCAGAGGGACUGGCUGGACAAGUAUGACUUUUUAUCAUACUCUGCCCAGGAAGAUGGCGUGUACUGUUUGCCAUGCAUUUUGUUUCCCGUUGAGAGUCAGAGUAGGAGGGCUAGUAUUUUGAUAGACCUGCCAUUUACCAACUGGAGAAAGUUCACUGAACAAAUUAAUACACACAUGCAACUGCAAUACCACCAGAGUUCUGAUGCAAAGUUUCAUGCAUUUGUGGAUGUAAUGAAUGGUCAACAAACAAGGAUUAACCACAUGUUGAAUUCUGAGAUGGAUAAACGUGUUGCUGAAAAUAGACUGUUCCUCUCAUCAGUUGUGAAAUGUAUAGAGCUGUGUGGGCGUCAGGGCUUCGCCCUAAGAGGCCACUGAGAUGAUCCUACAUCAGAAAGUCUAAACAAAGGCAACUUUCUUGCACUUCUUAAGUUCAGACAAGAAGCUGGCGAUGGCCCACUUAAAAAUUACUUGGACUCAUGUGGUCAAAAUGCAAAAUACAUUUCUAAAACGUCUCAAAACGAUUUGCUUGACUGUAUAAAAGAGUAUAUUCAAAGCACAAUUGUGCAUGAUGUGCUGAGUCAGGAUUGGGGGCCAUACUAUGCUGUAAUAGCUGAUGAGGUCACUGAUGUUUCAAACUGUGAACAACUAGGUGUGUGUAUUCGCUACGUGAAAGAUGGCAUUCCUUUUGAAAGGUUAAUAGAUUUUGUUGGAUGUGAUUCCAUAACAGGGGAAGCAAUAUGUAAAAACCUUUUGACCUCUUUAAAGAAAGUUGGCCUAGAUCCAAAACUGUGUCGUGCUCAAGGCUAUGAUGGUGCUGGCAAUAUGGCAGGAAGAGUAAAUGGUUGUGCUGCAAACUUUUGCAAAGAAUCCCCAUGAGCUAAGUACUUCCACUGUGCGAGUCACCAGUUAAACCUAGCAUUAUCCAAGUCAUCAUCUGUUCUGGAUAUCAAAUGUAUGCUUUCAACUGUUGCUUCAGUUGGUAUUUUUUUCAAGUAUUCACCAAAGAGGCAGCAACAGUUUGAGUCUUCGGUGUCUGAGAUUAACCAGGAAAGGCUAGCAGCAGGACAAGAACUGUUAGCUAAGAAGAAGUUAAAGCUCAUGUGUGAGACUCGUUGGGUUGAGCGUCACACUAGCCUGGAAGACUUUCACAGCCUUUAUGAAGCUCUUCUCCAUUGUCUUAAUGUCAUAUCGGAGAAUGCAGAUUCUGUGUGGGAUGCCAAAGCAGUAGUUGAAGCAACUGGCCUCCUCAAAGCAGUAACUUCGGCCAACUUUGUUGCCGCUUUACAGUGCAACAGGUACUUCUUUGGAUUCACCAAGUCAUUAAGUAUUCUAUUACAAGGGUCAUCACAGGAUAUCCUCACUGCAUAUGAAGAGGUCAAACUUGUAAAAGACACUCUAAGGGACAUAAGAUGUGAGGCUGAAGCUGAAUUCAAAGAGGUUUACGAAUCAAUGUUAGAAAUGGGGAAACUGGCUGGUUUUGAUGGUGACCUCCCAAUACCUAGACGUUGUGGACGGCAGACAAUGAGAAACAGCAAUCCUUCAAAUAGCCCUAUGCAGUACUGGAGAUGUACAGUCUUUGUUCCAUUUCUGGACAGUCUCAUUUCAGAACUUGACUCGCGCUUCAGUGUUAUGUCCGCAGCUGCCGUACUAGGCUUAAAACUGUUGCCAAGCAACCUGCAUUUGAUGAACACUGAGAGUGAGAAAGACAUCUUUACAUCAUAUAAAGAUGAUCUACCGUCAGGAUCAACAUUCAGGCAGGAAGUGAAGUUGUGGCGCGCAAAGUGGUCAUCAUCAGUGGAGAAACCCAGCUCUCUCCCUGAAAUUCUAAAGAUAACAAAUAUGAAGUGCUACCCAAACAUUUAUAGGAUUCUUCACCUUCUGUCGGUCAUGCCUGUUACCAGUGCUUCUGUGGAACGUGCUAACUCGGGUCUUAAAGCAGUGAAAACUUUGCUGAGGUCCACAAUGGGACAGGAAAGGUUUGUGGCUUUGCUACUCUUGUAUGUGCACAAGGACAUUCGGUUAGACAUGAACAAAAUCAUAGACAUAUUUGCCCAGAAGCAUCCCAGAAGGUUGACAUUUGUAAACCCAUUAUCAUCAGCAUAAAGCUUGUAGUAGAGAAUAAUAUUUGUCUGGUUUAACUUUGUUUUUUUUGUUUUGUUUUUUUUUCAACUGUUUAUUUUGUUAAAAUAUAUUCAAAACUCCUUUGUCAUACUUUGUCAAACCCAAGUCCUUGGGUUUUUUUUAUUUCAUGUUUUCUGUA